AUGGCAACCGACAAUGACGACCAAGAUUUCCCUUUCCACGUCAACUCACACGCCGUUUCCCUCCUCGCCAAGAAUUGCGGCUUCGAUUCAAUACAGCGAUCAGCAUUACACACGUUGACAGAAACACUGGAAGACUAUUUAGAGAAUCUACUUGCCAAAACACACCUUUAUGCAGAACUUGGGAACCGGACACGACCCAACUAUCAUGACGUGAUACGUUCGUUGGAAGAAUCAGGAAUGCAGUUACCAGAGCUAGGCAAUUAUCUCAAUCAACAUAGGGAGGAUCGUGUACAUAUACCACUUGCUAAUCAAAAGUCAAGCAUUCAAACGGAGGAGAAAUACAACUUUUUAUCGUCGGAUGAUGAGGAAGAAGAGAAUACAGAGGAAACGACAUCAUUACCCGAAUACGCACCUUCUCAUAUGCCAAAGUUCCCAAGUCGCCAUUCUUUCCGUCAAACACCUGUGUAUAUUCAUCGACCUGACGAUCCUCAACGUGUACGAGAGCUCAAUUCCCAGCAAUCACGUGUUGUCGAAGAAAACUUGAAACGAUUAAUGUCAGCAGAAAACCAGCUACUUCGACGGCAUGAUACAAUGGAAGCGGACAUGUUUGAUCUAUCAGUACCCAUUGUCAACUAUGAAAGCGCGAUACAAAGGAAAAAGCGUGUCAAGCGAGCUCAUACGGGUGAUAUUCGAAGCAUCACAACCAAGAAUGACCACAGCCCAAAGCCCAAUAACAACAAUAAUAAUACCACCCCCUCUGAAAUAUCAACCAGGUGA